UUCUGGACAAGCCCUACACGGAAUUUGUGGAUUGAGCAUCUAUGGGUUGAAGUUGGCACGCAGUUCGCUAGGAGGUGGAGAGCAUUUUUUACUCGACUUGAAAACCAUCACAGGCUCAACCCUCACAGCCCUAGUCAUAUCUGGUUGCUCCAGACUCUGUUCCUUGAUGAAAUCAAUCAAGAUUGUUCGGAUUUCUGGGCGGAAUGGAACUGUCAUCCGAUACAUGGUCCUGACACCAAUGAUAAGAGCCCUAAGGUAAAUGCGUCAUUUUAUAUUUAUGUGACACUGACAAAUUAUCUCAUUGUGACCCAGGAUUUACGUUUUUUUAGGUCAAAUCCAGUUCGGCAUGUAUCGUGA